AUGAAGAAGGCGAAGGUAGCGCGACUGACGGGAGCUGCGAACUUUCGCGAUCUACAGCGCCGCGCAACUCACUCCAUCCGCGCUGACCGAAAUGCGCCUUCGCCGAAGAGACUGAGCGUGCGGCAGCCUGUGGCGACUCUCGCAAACUCUACCAGUUGGGUGGCUUCCGCCCGGGCAGAGGCUGUGUUGAUCAGAUCUUCAGCCUGUGGCGCAUACCAGCAACCAACAGUCCUCUGCUUCGUCGACUUUGCGGCUGCUUUCGACUCCGUUGAUAGAGACUCACUCUGGCGUAUCAUGGAGGCCGAUGGCAUGCCCGCUAAACUCUUUCGUCUCAUCAAGGUCUACUACCGGUCGACGCGAGCUCGUGUUCGUGCUUAUGAUACACUCCUUAGUUUUCCCUUAUAUCUUCACCUUGUCUCUCUCUUUGUCACUAUAGAAAUCGCCGUUUCUUUCUCUUCCAUAUUAUUCGUUUGCAGACUCAGAAUAUUUCUUAAACAAAAAGCAAACGAACAGGAAGUUUCAACUUUCUUCAUUCACAGAACUGUUGGCUACACCGACAUGAAUUAG